AUGGCCUCAGAAGCAAACAAGAAUGGAGCGGAGACAAUUGAGCUGGAGAACCCAGCGGCCGGUCGGCCUAUUGUUCUCUCAGACAAGCUUCAGGAUGGCGACCAGGCCCUGGAGAUUCUCCAGGGAGAGCUUAUUGAAUACACACCAGAAGAAGAAAGGAAAUUAAGAUGGAAGAUUGAUUACCGCCUUGUCACUAUAAUGCUGAUAGUUAACGGAAUCCAAUUCGUUGAUAAAUUGACAAUUUCAUACGCAGCAACAUAUGGCAUUGUGACUGAAGCACACUUGGUGGGACAAGAGUACAGUCUUCUCAUCACCAUUUUUUACAUUGGCUAUCUGGUGGCUCAAUACCCGACAAGCUAUCUAAUGCAGCGCUUUCCCACAGGAAAGUAUUUGACUAUCAAUUUUAUUCUUUGGGGUAUUGUCCUUGCUGCGACCGGAAGUGCGACGUCGUUUUCUACACUGGCUGCGGCUCGGUUCUUUCUCGGCGUUUUCGAGUCCUGUCUCAAUCCUGGAUUUGUCUUGAUUUCCUCCGCUUGGUGGAAACGAGAGGAGCAGGCUUCCCGUAUUGGUCUGUGGUAUAGCGCCAAUGGGAUGGCCUCCGUCCCAGCUGGUAUACUGUUCUAUGCUAUUGCACACAUCGAUGUCGAUGGUAUGUUUCCAUAUCAAUGGAUGUUUAUCAUCUUUGGUAUCUUGACCGUCUUGAUUGGAGUCAGCCUGUGGUGGUUGCUUCCUGACACUCCAGCAAAUUGCAAAUGGCUUGAUGAGCGCGAGCGAAAGAUCGCUAUUCAGCGUCUCAAGGAUAAUCGGACCGGUGUUAAAAACAGCCACCACAAGAAAGACCAAGUCCUUGAGACGAUCACUGACUACCGGGUGUGGAUGUUGCUGCUGGCAAUCUUCUGCCACAAUAUGACCAACAGCCUUCAAACAAACUUCACCGGCCUGAUAAUCAAGGGGUUUGGUUAUACCACUUACCAGUCAGUCCUGCUGCAGAUUCCAGUCGGUGCUGUCAUGGCAGUUUCGAUGAUUUUGCUUGGCUUUUUCCUUUCAUCCAGAUGGGGCGAAGGAAAGCAGAUUAUCUGCAUCAUCCUGUGUUACGUCCCCGGCAUCAUUGCCUGUGGCCUUCUUUAUGGAGUUCCUAUCAAAUCCUCCACCCUGGGUGCUCACCUGGCUGCAGUCUACUUGAUACCCAUGGUUGCACCGGCGGGCGGGUUGAUGUAUACAAUUCUGGCGUCCAACAUUGCCGGAUACACAAAAAAGACUGUGACUGGCACUUUGUUCUUUUCAGCCUACUGUGUGGCCAAUAUUAUCUCCCCGCAGACUUUUCUGGCAUCUGAAUCGCCUCGCUAUACCACAGGGGUCUUUGUGACAUUGGCCUCGUUCAUCAUCAACAUGAUUGUGUUUGCAGGUCUAUAUGUCGUUUACUCUAGGGAAAAUACUGCCCGUAAACGUGAGAUUGAGGAAAAUGGGCAGAUGGAUGAAGCGAGCGAUCUAGCAAACGCAUUUUCGGAUUUAACGGAUCGGCAGAACCGUAGGUUGAUUUACAAGCUAUAA